AUGACUGGAUGUCAACAUAUUGAGCAGGUUUUCCAAAAUGAGAAGUCCAAGGAGGGUGUGUUAAAGACAUGUAAUGCGGCACGCUAUAUGAUCAACCAUUUCACCCCGAAAGAUAAGUAUAUGCAUGCUAUGCGAUGCUCUGAGUGUCAUGAGAUCAAUUCCGGAUCCAAUUUUAUGUGCUUGCAGUGCGGAUUCUGUGGUUGUUGGAACGGAGAGCAUUUCUUGAUGCAUAGCAAGAAAGUAGGGCAUGUUUUCGGAAUCAAUUCGAGUAAUGGAUUGCUCUUUUGUUUCAAAUGCAGUGACUAUAUUGGAAACAAUGAACUUAUAAUUGCUUCGAUGCUUAACAAAUACUGGGAUGACGUUUCAAUCAAGACAGUGGUACCGAGCGUGGAGCGGAGGGAUGGUUUGCAUGGAUUGCUGAAUCUGGGAUCUACUUGUUUUAUGAGCAGUAUACUUCAGAUUCUCAUUCGCAAUCCAUACUUCUUCAACUUCUCCAUUAGUCAAUCGCAUUCCAAGAAAUGUCCGAUUCAGGAUCCCAAGAGUUGCAUAUCAUGUGCAUUGGAAAAGAUGGUUUGCGAGUUUUAUGGUUCUUCGGCAUAUAGCACCGGAGAUGUUGAACCACAAGCCAUGUAUUCUGGUUUUAUUGGCCUGUUAGUAUGCUCAUGGAAAAUCAAUGAAAACUUGGCCGGAUACUCACAACAGGAUGCACACGAAUUUUGGCAAUUUUUACUGAAUCAACUGCACCAUGAUUUUCAAGUUUGCAGUGGCAAAGGAGUCAACGACGCCAUUUCUGAUGAUCUUUGCACUUGUAUUGCACAUUCUACCUUUCAAGGUUUACUAAAGAGUUCUAUCGUUUGCCCCGAUUGCCAAAAUGACUCUAAAACCACCAUUGAUCCUUUCAUGGAUCUAUCGCUCGACAUAAAAGACAAAUCGAAUCUUUAUAACUGUCUGGACAGUUUCCAUAAAAAAGAGCGGUUGCAUGAUUUUAAUUACCAUUGCCCAAAUUGCAAUACAUCCCAAGACGCUAUAAAGCGUUUAAGCAUAUACAAACUUCCAUCCGUGCUGGUGCUCCAAUUGAAACGGUUUGAACAUCUUCUUAAUGGGAAUAGUUUGAAAUUGAAUGAUUUCAUUGAGUACCCACCUUACCUGAAUAUGCGGGACUACUGUAGUUCAGGUGACUCAGACGUCGAUGUCCCGGAUUUGAUUUAUGAACUGAUAGGUGUCGUUGCUCAUAAGGGCACGGUCAAUGAAGGACAUUACGUUGCAACAACGAAAGUAGCCGGUAGACAGUGGUUUAAAUUUAAUGAUUCCAUGGUUUCUUCUGUCACUCAGGAAGAAGCCUUGAACGAACAAGCCUAUUUACUCUUCUACUCCGUAUUACAAGUGAACUAA